AUGGAAAGAGAGAGUCGUUCUAGAGAUGAUAGUAAAGGUAGAUAGGCUCCUUUUUAUAGGGAAUCUCUUUAUAGAAGUUCAUCUUCAGUUAGCAGUUAAUUUAAAGUCCCAUCUGGACCUAUGUUGUUCAAAGGUACAGAAAAUUCAAGUGUGCAGAAAAAUGCUCAACCUUAAUUUGAAGAAGAUGCAGAUGGGUUUAAGAAGCCACCUGCUCGUUCAGAGAAAUUGGAAGAAGAAAGGAAACGCAAUAAAUUACUUAAUGAAUAUACAGCAUUUGAAUGGGAAAAUAUAGAAUAAGAAUCAGAUAGAAAAUGGUAUGAUUAUGAUGAAGAUGAUAUUGGUAAUGCUUCUUAAUAAGAUUGGGGAGGUGAAGUAUUUAAAGGUUAAAAAGAAGAAUUUAAAUUUGAAGAAUAUAGUAAACGUAAAGGUUAAACAGUAAGAUAAUCAGAAAAAAAUUAAGAAUAAAAUAGAUGGGAACUUAAUCGUAUGAUUGCAUCAGAUGUAUUCAAAAGAAAAGCAGAUGCUUGGGAUUUUUAUGAAGAAGAAAAUGAAAAAAGAGUUGUAAUACAUGUACAUGAUAUCAAACCACCUUUUUUGGAUGGAAAAGUUGUUUAUACUACUUAAUUGACAUAAGUAUAAAUUGUCAAAGAUCCUAAUUCAGAUAUGGCUAAGUUAGCAAAGUAAGGUUCAGAAGUUUUAAUGUUAAUGAGAGAGAAAUAAGAUAAAACUAAAAUGAGAGAGAGAUUUUGGGAAUUAAGUGGAUCCAAAAUGGGAAAGGUUAUGAAUCUAGAUAGAAAAAAAGAAUAAGAUCCAGAUAGACAUUUAUUAAAUGAAGAUGGAGAUUAUGAUUUCAAAGCUUCUUCUAGAUAUUAAACAGCUCUUUAAAGAGUUACAUAAGGUUAAAGUGAUUUUGCUAGAAAUAAAACAAUCAAAGAACAAAGAGAAUACUUACCAGUAUUUCAUUGUAGAUCUGAAUUAGUUUAAUUAUUACAUGAUAAUAGAGUUUCGAUUAUUGUAGGAGAAACUGGAUCAGGUAAGACUACUUAAUUGACAUAAUAUUUAUAUGAAGAAGGUUAUACUAAUACUGGUGUAAUUGGAUGUACUUAACCAAGAAGAGUUGCAGCAGUAUCAGUAGCAAAAAGAGUAGCUGAAGAAAUGGGAGUAGAAUUAGGUAGUAAAGUAGGUUAUGCCAUUCGUUUUGAAGAUUAUACUAGUAAAGAUACAGUCAUUAAAUAUAUGACAGAUGGUGUUUUAUUAAGAGAAUCUCUUUAAGAUCCUGAUCUUGAAAAAUAUUCUGCUGUCAUUAUGGAUGAAGCACAUGAAAGAUCUUUAAAUACAGAUGUUUUAUUUGGUAUUCUUAAAAAAGUAGCAUAAAGAAGAAGAGAUAUUAGAAUUAUUAUUACAUCUGCAACUAUGAAUGCUAAAAAAUUCAGUGAUUUCUUUGGUGGAGUACCUAUCUAUAAAAUACCAGGUAGAACUUUCCCAGUUGAUGUCAGAUUCGAAAAAGCACCUGCCUAAGAUUAUGUUAGAAGUGCAAUUAAGAAAACUAUUGAAGUUCAUAUUCAAUAACCUCCUGGAGAUGUUUUAAUAUUUAUGACAGGAUAAGAAGAUAUUGAAACUACUUGUUAUUUGUUAGCUGAAGAACUCAAUAAAUUAAGUGAAGCAACUCCUCCUCUUUUAAUUUUACCAAUUUAUUCUUAAUUAAGAUCAGAAGAAUAAGCAAGGAUCUUUGAAAAAAGUGAAUUUAGAAAAUGUAUAGUGGCAACAAAUAUAGCAGAAACAUCUCUAACUUUGGAUGGUGUAAAAUAUGUGAUUGAUACUGGAUAUUGUAAAAUGAAAGUGUAUAAUCCUAGAAUUGGUAUGGAUGCAUUAUAAGUUACUCCAAUAUCAUAAGCUAAUGCAGAUUAAAGAAAGGGUAGAGCUGGUCGUACUGGACCUGGUAUUUGUUUUAGAUUGUAUUCUUCAUUAAAUUAUAGAUAAGAUAUGUUAGAAAAUAAUAUUCCUGAAAUAUAAAGAACUAAUUUAGCUAAUGUAGUGUUAUUAUUGAAAUCAUUAAAUAUUAAUAAUCUUUUAGAUUUUGAUUUUAUGGAUCCUCCUCCUUAAGAUACAAUUUUAAAUGCUAUGUAUUAAUUGUGGGUCUUAGGAGCAUUGGAUAAUGUAGGGGAAUUAACAGAACUUGGUAGAAAAAUGAGUGAGUUCCCAUUAGAUCCACCAUUGUCAAAAAUGUUAAUAAAAGGAGAUUAAUUAGGAUGCACUGAAGAAAUACUAACAGUUGUUAGUAUGUUAAGUGUACCAGGAAUAUUUUAUAGACCAAAAGAUAGAGAAGCAGAAAGUGAUGCUGCUAGAGAGAAGUUAUUUGUUGGAGAAAGUGAUCAUUUAACAAUGUUAAAUGUAUUUGAAUAAUGGAAAAGACAUGAAUUUUCACCUGAAUGGUGUAAUGAUCAUUUUGUUUAAGCAAAAAGUAUGAGAAAAGUAAGAGAAGUAAGGGCUUAAUUAAAAGAUAUUGCUGGUAAAUUAGGAUUAAAAAUGAGUACUUGUAAUUUCUCAUAUGAUGUUGUUAGAAAGGCUAUUUGUUCAGCAUAUUUUUAGAAUGCAGCUAAAAUUAAAGGAGUUGGAGAUUAUAUAAAUUUACGUACAGGUAUGCCAUGUAAAUUACAUCCUUCAAGUGCUUUAUAUUCUUUAGGUUAUGCUCCAGAUUAUGUUGUUUAUCAUGAAUUGGUAAUGACAUCUAAAGAAUAUAUGCAUUGUGUAAGUGCUGUUGAUCCUUAAUGGUUAGCUGAAAUGGGUCCCAUGUUUUUUAGUAUUAAAGAAGAUGGUGAAACUAGAGCAUCUCGUAUUGAAAGUGAAAAAAAAAGUAAAAGAGAAAUUGAAUUAUCUAUUGAAAAAGCUAAAAGAGAACAUGAAAUGAAAAGUGAAGAAUGUUUAAGAAGAAGAGAAAAAGAAGAUAGAGAGAGAAGAUUAAUUAGUGAACGUACAGCUACUUUGGGAUUUAGACCAAGUAGAAUAUAAACACCAUUAAGAUAAUAAAUAUCAUCAAUUGCUGCCACUCCUUUAAGAAGUGAAUGUGAAUCUGUUAUUUCAGGAAUGACAAGUAUUUAAGCUAAAUAAAUGAGAAUGGCAUAUUAUGAUGAUGAAGAAGAAUAAAAUGUUGGUAAAAACAAAAUACCUAAAUUAGAAUGA